CAUCAGUUGCGAUGUUGGCUUAGUGGACGUUAGAAUCGUGUUUUCUCCCCUUCUGGGAUCCAGGUCUGAGAUGCAGCUGAUUGUAUGCUGAAAUUAACAAGGGAAUGUGGAGGAGAUGAAUUGGAUUUUUGUUUGAAACGCUGCGGCUUCUUGAGUAGCAGCCAUCGUUCUGUGGCAGCCAGCAGAAUACUGCCUUUUUAAAAUGGCAUUGGAACAGUGACACUGGAGUGUGGUCCUUUGAGAAAGUCUUUUGGGGCAUUUACCUUGGACUUUGAUUUAUGCUUACAUGCUGUGGUAUGAGGAAGAGGAAGAAUAUGAAAGGGAAGAUGUUCAAAAGAAAACAUUCACAAAAUGGGUAAAUGCACAGCUUGCUAAGUUUGGUACACAUCCUAUAGAAGAUCUCUUCAAUGAUUUUCGAGAUGGACGAAGGCUUUUGGAGCUCCUGGAAGGUUUUACAGGCCAAAAACUUGGGAAAGAAAAGGGCUCCACAAGAGUUCAUGCCUUGAACAACGUCAAUAAAGCACUACAAGUCCUGCAGAAAAAUAAUGUAGAUCUGGUGAAUAUUGGCAGUACAGAUAUUGUGGAUGGAAAUCACAAACUGACCCUUGGAUUGAUCUGGAGUAUAAUUCUCCACUGGCAGGUCAAAGAUGUAAUGAAAAACAUCAUGGCCGGACUGCAGCAGACCAACAGUGAAAAGAUCUUGUUAAGCUGGGUUCGUCAAUCAACUCAGAACUAUCCACAGGUCAAUGUUAUUAAUUUCACCAGUAGCUGGUCUGAUGGCUUGGCUUUCAAUGCACUCAUCCACAGUCACAGACCAGACUUAUUUGAUUGGGACAGUGUAGUUUGCCAGCACUCACCUGUACAGCGAUUAGACCAUGCGUUCAACAUAGCCAAACGACACCUGGGAAUAGAGAAACUCCUCGAUCCUGAAGAUGUCGCAACUGCUUAUCCUGAUAAGAAGUCCAUCUUGAUGUAUGUGACAUCACUUUUCCAAGUCUUGCCGCAGCAAGUUACUCUAGAAGCUAUCCAGGAAGUAGAAACAUUGCCACGGCGAUCAAAGCACAUAAGAGAGGAGCAUGUCCAGUUACACCAACAGCGCUUUUCUCAACAGAUCAAAGUCAGUGUAGCACAGGGCCCUGUGCGCACCCCUUCACCUCCACCUAAACAUCGCUUCAAAAGCUAUGCGUACACACAAGCUGCUUAUGUCAUGUCCCCUGACCAAAAAGGGAGGAUGUUCCCUCCACAGCAGUAUUUGGAAGGCCAAGAACAGCAGUUAUUUGCUACUUCACCUAUGGAUACAGAAGUAGAUCUGGAAAGCUACCAAACUGCAUUAGAAGAAGUACUGUCAUGGCUUCUGUCUACUGAAGAUUCAUUGCAAGCACAAGGAGAUAUAUCCAGUGAUGUUGAAGAAGUUAAGGAACAGUUUCACACCCAUGAGGGUUUUAUGAUGGAAUUAACAGCUCACCAGGGACGUGUUGGUGAUGUUUUGCAAGUAGGCAGCCAACUUCUGUCACUUGGGAAACUUUCAGAAGAUGAAGAAAAUGAAAUACAGGAACAAAUGAAUCUUCUGAAUUCACGAUGGGAAAAUCUCAGGGUCACAAGUAUGGAAAAACAGAACAAUUUACACCGAGUUCUAAUGGACUUACAAAAUCAGCAGCUAAGUCAACUGUCUGACUGGUUAGCUAAAACAGAAGAAAGAACUGAAAGAAUAGAAUCAGAACCCUUGGGGCCUGAUCUGGAGGACUUAAAACGGCAGGUGGAAGAACACAAGGCCCUUCAAGAAGACUUAGAGCAGGAACAAGUCAAGGUUAAUUCACUCACUCAUAUGGUUGUUGUAGUAGAUGAAGCUAGUGGAGACAAGGCUACAGUUGUGUUAGAACAUCAACUUCAGCAUUUAGGAAACCGCUGGGCAGCCAUUUGCCGAUGGACAGAAGACCGCUGGUUUCUUCUCCAAGAUGUUCUUCGAAAAUGGCUGCAAUUUACUGAUGAACAGGGUCUUUUUGAUGUAUGGCUUACUGAAAAGGAGGAUGCCGUGAACAAUAUUCAUACCACUGAUUUAAAAGAUCAAAAUGAAAUGUUGGAAAAUCUGCAGAAGUUGGCUAUCCUGAAAGGAGAAUUGGAAAUCAAGAGACAGACUAUGGACAAACUGAAUGCACUCAGCCAAGACCUCCUUUCAGCUGUAAAAAGUAAAUCACUGGCUCAAAAGCUGGAAGGGUGGCUGGAAAAGGUUUCUCAGCGCUGGGAUAGUUUGGCACAGAAGCUGGAGAGCAGUUCUAAGCAGAUUUCACAGGCUGUUGCUACCACUCAGACAUCACUAACACAGACAACAGUAAUGGAAACUGUAACUAUGGUGACCACCAGAGAACAAAUCCUGGUUAAGCAUGCUAAAGAGGAGCUCCCACCACCUCCACCUCACAAGAAAAGGCAAAUUGUUGUGGAUUCAGAAAUUAGGAAAAGGUUUGAUGUUGAUACAACAGAACUUCACAGUUGGAUGACCCGCUCAGAAGCUGUUCUCCAGAGUCCUGAGUUCGCAAUAUACAGAAAAGAAGGGAACCUGUCAGAUCUCAGAGACAAAGUUUAUACAAUAGAACGAGAAAAGCCUGAGAAGUACAGAAAGCUCCAAGACGCCAGUAGAUCAGCUGAGGCCCUGGUGGAACAGAUGGUGAAUGAGGGCCUUAACGCUGACAACAUCAAACAAGCCUCAGAGCAGUUGAACAAUCGCUGGAUUGAGUUCUGUCAGUUGCUGAGUGAAAGACUGGCAUGGCUGGAGUACCAAAAUAACAUCAUUGCCUUCUACUCCCAGCUGCAGCAAUUGGAGCAGACAGUAAUUACUGCUGAAAACUGGCUGAAAGCACAACCCACACCACCAGCAGAUCCUGAUGCAGUGAAAACACAGCUAGAUAAGUGCAAGGAUGAAGUAAUCCGCUUUUCAACCCUUCAGCCCCAGUUAGAAAAACUGAAGGUUCAAAGCAAAGCACUGAAAGAGAAACAGCAAGGUCCAAUGUUUCUGGAAGCAGAUCUUGUUGCUUUUACCAACCACUUCAAUCAAGUUUAUGAUGAUGUGAAAGCUAGAGAAAAACUUCUACAAACAAGAUUCGAGAGUUUGCCACCUGUACGGUAUAAAGAGACUAUGAACACUAUUCUUUUGUGGAUACAGCAGUCAGAAGCCAAGCUCUCCAUACCUCAAGUUAUUGUCACAGAAUUAGAAAUCAUGGAGAAAAGGCUCAGAGAACUAAAGGCUUUACAAAGUUCCCUUCAAGAGCAACAAAGUGGGCUUAACUAUUUAAGCACAACUGUUGAAGAGAUGUCUAGGAAAGCUCCUGCGGAAGUCAGUCAGAAGUAUCAAUCAGAAAUUGAGGGGAUCCAUGGCCGUUGGAAGAAGCUAUCUGCUCAGCUGGUGGAGAACAGCCAAAAACUUGAGGAACUGAUAACUAAGUUGCAACAGUUCCAGAAUGACACUAAAACCCUGAAGAAAUGGAUGGCUGAAGUGGAUGUUUUUCUAAAAGAAGAGUGGCCUGCCCUUGGAGAUUCAGAAGCACUUGAAAAACAGCUAGAACAGUGCACAGCUCUAGUGAAUGAUAUCCAGACAAUCCAGCCUAGUUUGAAUAGUGUUAAUGAGAUUGGAAAGAAAAUGAAGAAAGAAGCAGAGCCAGAGUUUGCUUCAAAACUACAAACUGAACUACAAGAACUUAAUGCUCAAUGGGAUCACAUUUGCCAACAGGCCUAUGCUAAGAAGGCAGCACUAAAAAGUGGUUUGGAUAAGACUGUGAGUCUUCGAAAGGAUUUGUCAGAGAUGCAUGAAUGGAUUACACAAGCAGAAGAGGAGUACCUUGAGAGGGAUUUUGAAUAUAAAACACCAGAAGAAUUACAGAAAGCAGUUGAAGAACUAAAGAGAGCAAAAGAAGAGGCCACACAGAAAGAGGUGAAAGUGAAGCUUCUCACAGACUCUGUGAACAAUUUUAUAGCAAGGGCUCCACCUGCAGCCCAUGAGGCCUUAAAAAAGGAACUUGAUGUUCUAACAAAGAAUUACCAGCGACUCUGCAGCAGACUAAAUGGGAAGUGCAAAACACUGGAGGAGGUGUGGGCAUGUUGGCGUGAAUUACAAUUGUAUUUGGAUGUUGAAAAUAAGUGGCUAAAUGAGAUAGAAUCAAAACUCAGGGCGACAGAAAAUAUUCAGGAAGGCACAGAAGAGAUCUCAGAAGCAAGAGAUUCUCUGGAAGCGUUAAUGCAACACCCAGAAGAUAACCGCAAUCAAAUUCGUGAGCUGGCACAGACUUUAACUGACGGUGGAGUUUUGGAUGAACUGAUCAAUGAGAAACUGGAGAAGUUCAAUACUCGAUGGGAAGAGCUGCAACAGGAGGCUGUGAGAAGACAAAAGUUUCUUGAACAAAGUAUCCAUUCUGCCCAGGAGACUGACAAAAACCUUCAGUUGAUUCAAGACUCUCUUGCCUUCAUUGAUCGACAGUUAACAGGUUACAUUGCAGAUAGAAUUGAUGCAGCACAAGUACCUCAAGAGGCACAGAAAAUUCAAUCAGAGUUGACAAGCCAUGAGAUUAGCCUGGAUGAAAUGAGAAAACGGAACCGGGGUAAAGAUGCUGCUAAGAAGAUAUUCUCCCAAAUCGAUAUUGCACAGAAAAAACUACAAGAUAUCUUCAUGAAGUUUCGCUUGUUCCAAAAGCCAGCCAAUUUUGAGCAUCGGUUACAGGAAUGUAAAAGAAUUUUAGAUGAGGUAAAAUUGCAAGUGCCGAAGUUGGAGUUGAGGAGUGUUGAGCAGGAAGGAGUGCAGUUACAGCUUGAUCAUUGUAUGAAAUUAUAUAAGACUCUUAGUGAAGUGAAAUCAGAAGUGGAAACAGUCAUAAAAACUGGACGUCAGGUUGUACAGAAACAGCAAACGGAGAACCCUAAAGAACUGGAUGAAAGACUGACAGCUUUGAAGUUGCAGUAUAAUGAUUUGGGUGCGAAGGUGACUGAAAAAAAGCAAGAACUAGAGAAAUGUUUGAAAUUAUCUCGGAAACUGAGAAAGGAAAUGAAUGCUCUGACAGAAUGGUUGGCAGUGACAGAUUCAGAACUGACAAAGAGAUCAGCUGUAGAAGGAAUGCCUAUCAAUUUAGAUGCUGAAGUUGCCUGGAGCAAGGCAACACAGCUGGAGAUUGAGAAACGUCAGCUUCAGCUGAAGAACAUCACUGAUUUGGGAGAGGGACUGAAGAUGGUACUUAAAGGAAAGGAAAGCUUGGUGAAUGAUAAACUCAGCCUUCUGAGUAGUAACUGGAUAGCAGUAACUUCACGUGCUGAGGAAUGGUUUAAUUUGUUGCUGGCAUAUCAGAAACACAUGGAGACUUUUGAUCAGAAUGUUGCUAAUAUCACAACUUGGAUGUAUCGGACAGAAAUAAUCCUGGAUGAAUCAGAAACCCAAAGACCUCAACAAAGGGAAGAAAUACUUAAGCGCUUAAAGACUGAGCUGAAUGAUAUGCGUCCAAUGGUGGACUCUGUCCGUGACCAGGGAGUAGACUUGAUGACAAACCGUGGAGAUUACUGCAAGAAAGUAAUAGAGCCUAAACUGACAGAGCUCAACCAACGAUUUGCAGCCAUUUCAGAAAGAAUUAAAAGUGAAAAGCCUCUCAUUCCUUUGAAGGAACUGGAGCAGUUUAACUUCGAUAUACAAAAAUUGCUUGAACCACUGGAGGCUGAAAUUCAGCAGGGGGUGAAUCUGAAAGAGGAAGACUUCAAUAAAGAUAUGAGUGAAGAUAAUGAGGGUACUGUAAAAGAACUGCUUCAACGAGGAGAUGUGCUUCACCAAACAAUCUCAGAUGAAAGGAAAAGAGAGGAAAUAAAAACUAAGCAACACUUGUUGCAGACAAAGCACAAUGCUCUCAAGGAUCUGAGGUCUCAAAGAAGGAAAAAAGCUCUGGAAAUUUCUCAUCAGUGGUAUCAGUAUAAGAGGCAGGCAGAUGAUCUAAUGACAUGGUUGGAUGACAUUGAGAAAAAGUUAGCAAGUCUACCAGACCCCCAAGAUGAACAGAAGCUAAAGGAAAUUGAUCGUGAAUUGGAGAAGAAGAAGGAAGAGCUGAAUGCGGUACAGAGGCAAGCUGAUCGCUUGUCUAAGGAAGGGGCUGCAAAAGCAGUGGAACCAACCCUGAUACAGCUCAGCAAGCGCUGGCGAGACAUUGAGAGCAAAUUUGCUCAGUUUCGAAGACUCAACUAUGCACAAAUUCAAACUGUUUAUGAGGAGACAACUGUUGUGAUGACUGAAGGUAUGCCCAUGGAAACCUCUUAUGUGCCUUCUGCAUACCUGGCAGAGAUCCUUCAGCUUCUACAAGUUUUGUCCGACAUGGAAGACCUCCUCAAUUCUCCUAGUCUGCAGGGUAGGGACUGUGAGGAUCUUGUCAGACAAGAAGAGUGCCUCAAGAAAAUUGAAGACAGCCUAGGGAGAUACUCAGGUCAGAUUGAAGUUAUUCGCUGUAAGAAGACAGCAGUUUUGAAAAGUGCCACACCUGGAGAAGCUGCAAGGAUACAAGAAAAGCUGACUCAGCUGACUUACCAGUGGGAAAAAGUUAAUAAGAUGUAUCGGGACCGACAGGCACGAUUUGACAGAUCAGUGGAGAAAUGGAGAAAUUUCCAUCAUGAUAUGAAGAACUUUAACCAAUGGCUAAAUGAGGCAGAACAAAAUUUAGCUAAACUACAGAUAGAGUCGGAGGAUCCAGACCUUUCCAAAACCAAGCAAUGCAUCAAGGACCUCCAGGAUGGCAUUGGGAGACAGCAAGCUGUUGUCAGAACUUUGAACGUAGCUGGGGAGGAGAUUAUUGAGCAGUCAUCAACAGCAGAUGCCAGUGUGUUGAAGGAAAAGCUGGGAAGCCUGAAUUUUCGGUGGAAGGAAGUCUGCAGACAGCUGGCAGAGAGAAAAAAGAGACUUGAAGAAGAACAGAAUCUUCUGUCAGAACUGCAAUACAAGUUAAACAAAUUUGUUGUAUGGUUGGACGAAGCAAGUAGUGUUGCUGGAAUUCCUCUUGAACCAGGAAAUGAAUACCAAUUAAAAGAUACUCUUCAAAAAGUGAAGUUAAGAGUGGAAGAACUGCCUCCGCACAAGGGAAUACUGAAACGAUUAAAUGAAGCUGGAGGAAAAGCAGUUGGUAGUGCAUCGCUGAGCCCUGAAGUAAAACAUAAGCUUGACACCAGACUCAAGGAGGCUAACCAUCGCUGGAUAAAGGUAUCCAACGAUCUCCCUGAAAAACAGAAAGAAAUUGAGCAUAUGUUAAAUAAUUUGAACCAGUUUGAACAUCAGUUAAGUCAAACAAAAUUGUGGCUUUCUCCCAUCAAAGAACAAUUGGAACUCUACAAUCAAGUGGGCCAACCUGGAGCUUUUGACAUUAAGGAAAUUGAAGCAGCCGUGAAAGCUAAACAGCCGGAUGUGGAAGGGAUUUUGUCUAAAGGGCGUCAUUUAUACAAGGAAAAACCAGCCACUCAACCAGUAACGAGAAAGUUAGAAGAUUUAAAUACUGACUGGAAAACAGUAAACCAUUUAAUACAAGUAUUGAAAAGAAAGCCUGUGUCUGUGCUUCCAGGAAUUGCAUCUUCUGCUGUUGUAACUUCUCCUGACCAAACUGUUACUGUGGUUACGCAAACUCUGGUAACCCGGGAAACUACCAUCUCCAAACAAGAAAUGCCAUCGUCCUUGCUUCUGGAGGUGCCAGCCCUGGCUGAAUUCAACAAGGCCUGGGCAGACCUCACUGACUGGCUUUCUCUAUUGGAUCGAGUGAUAAAAUCCCAAAUCGUGACUGUGGGAGAUCUUGAUGAAAUCAAUGACAUGAUCAUCAAACAAAAGGCAACACUUCAAGACUUGGAACAAAGGCGCCCACAACUGGAGGAGUUAAUAACAGCUGCACAGAAUCUGAAAAAUAAAACUAGCAAUCAAGAGGCUCGAGCAAUCAUUACUGAUCGGAUUGAAAAGAUACAAAACCAGUGGGAUGAAGUGCAGGGACACCUUCAGAACAGAAGACAGCAACUACAUGAGAUGUUGAAAGAUUCAACACAAUGGUUAGAAGCCAAGCAAGAAGCUGAGCAGGUGCUGGAAUGUGCCAAAACCAGGCUUGAGUCUUGGAAGGAGAUUUCUUAUACUGUGGAAGGGCUGAAGAAGCAGAAUGCUGAACUCAAGCAAUUCGCAAAAGAGCUACGGCAGUGGCAUAUAAAUGUGGAUGUGGCAAAUGAUUUGGCACUUAAGCUUCUCCGGGAUUACUCAACUGAUGACACAAGAAAAGUAGAACUGAUGACCAAUCACAUUAAUGAUGCUUGGGCCACUAUUAAUAAGAGAGUUGGUGAGCGAGAAGCCGCGUUAGAAGCAGCCCUAAGGCUGCUGCAACAAUUCUAUCUGGAUCUGGAAAAGUUCCUUGCUUGGCUUACAGAAGCAGAGACCACUGCCAAUGUCCUGCAGGAUGCCACACACAAAGAAAGAAUCCUAGAGGAUGCCCAAGGGGUUCGUGAGCUCAUGAAGCAGUGGCAGGAACUUCAGAAAGAAAUUGAAACUCAUACUGACAUCUUCCACAGCCUGGAUGAAAAUGGACAGAAAAUCUUGAGAUCCCUCGAAGGUUCUGAUGAUGCAGCUUUGUUGCAGAGACGUCUGGAUAACAUGAACUUCAGAUGGAGUGAACUUAGGAAAAAAUCUCUAAAUAUUAGAUCUCAUUUAGAAGCCAGUUCUGACCAGUGGAGACGACUACACCUUUCUCUUCAGGAACUUUUAGCAUGGCUGCAGUUGAAAGAAGAUGAACUAAACCGACAGACACCCAUCGGGGGAGAUCUUCCUACAGUGCAAAAGCAGAAUGACACCCACAGGGCCUUUAAAAGGGAAUUGAAAACUAAAGAACCUGUUAUCUUGAGUGCACUUGAGACAGUGCGAAUUUUCCUAACAGAACAGCCUUUGGAGGGGCUAGAAAAGCUGUACCAGGAGCCUAGAGAGAUGCCUCCAGGGGAAAGAGCUCAAAAUGUGACUCGACUCUUGCGAAGACAGGCAGACGAGGUCAAAACAGAAUGGGAUAAACUGAAUCUACAGUCCGCUGACUGGCAAAAAAAGAUAGAUGAAGCCCUUGAAAGACUGCAGGAGCUUCAGGAGGCAAUGGAUGAGCUAGACCUGAAGCUGCGUCAGGCUGAAACUAUCAAAGGGUCUUGGCAGCCAGUGGGAGAUUUGCUGAUUGACUCUCUUCAGGAUCACCUUGAAAAACUCAAGGUUUACCGAGCAGAAAUUGCACCUCUUAAAGAGAAUGUGAACAACGUUAAUGACCUGGCUCAUCAGUUUACCUCAUCUGAGAUACAGCUUUCCCCAUAUACUCUCAACCGCCUCGAAGACUUGAAUGGAAGGUGGAAACUUCUCCAGGUGUCCAUUGAUGAGCGUAUCAGGCAGUUGCAUGAGGCCCAUCGGGAUUUCGGCCCUACUUCUCAGCACUUCCUUUCCACUUCUGUCCAGGGCCCCUGGGAGAGGGCAAUAUCGCCAAACAAAGUGCCCUACUACAUCAAUCACGAGACACAAACCACCUGUUGGGAUCAUCCUAAAAUGACAGAGCUAUACCAGUCCUUAGCUGACUUGAACAAUGUUAGAUUCUCGGCAUACCGAACUGCCAUGAAGCUCCGAAGACUACAGAAAGCUCUCUGUUUGGAUCUUCUGAGUCUAUCUGCUGCAUGUGAUGCCUUGGACCAGCACAACCUCAAACAGAAUGACCAGCCGAUGGAUAUACUUCAGAUCAUCAACUGCUUGACUACUAUUUAUGAUCGAUUGGAACAAGAGCACAAUAACCUAGUCAAUGUCCCUCUCUGCGUAGAUAUGUGCCUCAACUGGCUUUUGAAUGUUUAUGACACGUAUGUGGGUCGAACAGGAAGGAUCCGGGUCCUGUCAUUUAAAACUGGUAUAAUUUCCCUGUGUAAAGCACAUCUGGAAGAUAAAUACAGAUACCUGUUUAAGCAGGUAGCCAGUCCCACUGGAUUCUGUGACCAGCGUCGUCUUGGCCUCCUCCUGCAUGACUCUAUCCAGAUUCCAAGGCAGCUGGGAGAAGUUGCCUCUUUUGGUGGCAGUAACAUUGAACCCAGUGUUAGGAGCUGUUUUCAAUUUGCCAAUAACAAACCUGAAAUUGAGGCAGCCCUUUUUCUGGAUUGGAUGCGACUUGAGCCUCAGUCCAUGGUAUGGUUGCCAGUUUUGCAUAGGGUGGCUGCUGCUGAAACCGCCAAACACCAAGCCAAGUGCAACAUCUGUAAGGAAUGUCCAAUUAUUGGAUUCAGAUACAGAAGUUUAAAGCACUUUAAUUAUGACAUCUGCCAAAGCUGCUUUUUUUCUGGCCGGGUUGCAAAAGGUCAUAAGAUGCACUACCCAAUGGUGGAGUACUGUACACCAACUACUUCAGGAGAAGAUGUUCGUGACUUUGCCAAGGUAUUGAAAAACAAAUUCCGAACAAAAAGAUACUUUGCAAAGCACCCAAGAAUGGGUUACCUGCCUGUACAAACAGUGUUGGAGGGAGACAACAUGGAAACUCCUGUUACUCUGAUCAACUUCUGGCCAGUAGAUUCUGCGCCUGCUUCAUCCCCUCAGCUUUCACAUGAUGAUACCCAUUCACGCAUUGAACAUUAUGCUAGCAGGCUAGCAGAAAUGGAGAACACCAAUGGAACAUACCUGAAUGAUAGCAUUUCUCCUAACGAGAGCAUAGAUGAUGAGCAUUUGUUAAUCCAGCACUACUGCCAAAGUUUGAACCAGGAAUCUCCACUCAGUCAGCCUCGAAGCCCUGCACAGAUUCUAAUUUCUUUGGAGAGUGAAGAAAGAGGUGAGCUAGAGAGGAUCCUAGCAGACCUGGAGGAAGAAAACAGAAACCUGCAGGCAGAAUAUGACCGGCUGAAGCAGCAACAUGAUCACAAAGGACUAUCUCCACUGCCAUCCCCACCUGAGAUGAUGCCCAUUUCUCCCCAGAGUCCACGAGAUGCUGAACUCAUUGCAGAAGCUAAGCUGCUUCGUCAGCACAAAGGCCGCCUAGAAGCCAGGAUGCAGAUCUUGGAGGAUCACAACAAACAGCUGGAAUCACAGCUACAUAGGUUGAGACAGCUGCUGGAACAGCCUCAAGUGGAUGCCAAGGUGAAUGGUACAACUCAGUCUUCUCCUCCUACCUCGUUACAGAGGUCAGAUAGUAAUCAGCCAAUGCUUCUCCGUGUAGUUGGCAGUCAGACUUCAGAAUCUAUGGGUGAGGAUGAUCUGCUCAGUCCUCCCCAGGACACAAGCACAGGGUUAGAAGAGGUCAUGGAACAGCUCAACAAUUCCUUCCCAAGUACAAGAGGCCACAAUGUAGGCAGCCUUUUCCACAUGGCAGACGAUUUGGGCCGAGCAAUGGAAACCUUAGUGACAGUGAUGACUGACAACAAGGUGUUAGAAUAGCAAGAUGUGUUUUACAACUUCAGGCGUACUCGCAUGGUUUUUAUAAUAUUCAUAUGACAAAGAAUUAGACUGUAAGCGUUUACAUGAAAACAAAUCUAUAUUUUUGUGAAGGGUAGUGGUACUAUACUGUAGAUUUCAGUAGUUUCUUAAGUCUGUUAUUGUUUUGUUAACAAUGGCAGGUUUUACACGUCUAUGCAAUUGUACAAAAAAAAAAUAUAAGAAAACUACAUGUAAAAUCUUGAUAGCAAAAUAACUUGCCAUUUCUUUAUAUGGAACGCAUUUUGGGUUGUUUAAAAAAAUUUAUAACCGUUAUAAAGAAAGAUUGUAAACAAAGUGUGCUUUAUAAAAAAAGUUUAUA